AUUCACGAAAGCUCUCUGUUACUUUUUUUUUGGGUCUACAAAACGAGCUAGCUCUGCUCCUCUGCUAUAUAUCUCUCUCAUAUACGCACACUCUUCUCCCAAAUUUUCCCCAAAUCUCAACCCUAAUUCCCAAAUCCGAACCUCCUUCAUUUCACCGAUCAAGCUCCACACUCUGGCCUCAGAUUAAUCAGAUUCUAAAUUUUCUUUUAGUUUUAGUCUCGUCAAUUUUGUAUACUUGUAAUUUGAACCAGGGUUUAUCCCCGAUUCUCCAUAUGUACAAAUUUAUAGAGCUUUUCAUUUUUUUAUUUUCAUUCUAGAAUUUAGAUUGAAUUUCAAAUAGUCACACACAGAUGCCUGUUAUGUAAAUCACACACUAAUCAGAUUUAGGGUUUGAGUUUUCGCCAUUGAUGGACAUGGAGCGCAGGCCGUUCAACAGAUCGAACGAACCAGGCUUGAAGAAGGCGAGACUGAACGACGACCAAGGCGUCGUGAAUCCGAAUCUGAACGGCCGAGGAGGGUUUGGACAGAGGCCUGGCGGAGCUAAUCCGGUGCUUUCGAGGUUCAGAGUGACUGAUAGAGAGUCGGAGAGCAAUGACCUCCGCGGCGGCGGAGCCUAUGUCCCUCAGCCAUUGCAGCACCACCAGGAGCUUGUGAGCCAGUACCGGACGGCGCUGGCGGAGUUGACCUUCAAUUCGAAGCCUAUCAUCACCAAUUUGACCAUCAUCGCCGGGGAGAGCCAAAACGCGGCCAAGGCUAUCACUGCGACUAUUUGCGCCAACAUUAUUGAGGUGAAACCCAGCUUUUACACUUUUUGUUUCGUUCCUAGUGAGCAGAAGUUACCAUCACUUUAUCUUUUGGACAGUAUUGUAAAAAAUAUCGGACGGGAUUACAUAAAACACUUUGCCGCCAGGCUACCUGAGGUAUUCUGCAAGGCAUAUAGACAGGUUGAACCUCCUAUACAUCAAAGCAUGCGCCAUCUUUUUGGAACUUGGAAAGGUGUCUUCCCUGCCCAGACACUUCAGAUGAUUGAAAAAGAACUUGGGUUUACUACUGCAGCAAAUGGUUCGUCCUCUGGAGUUUCAUCAUCUAGACCAGACUCACAGUCACAACGUCCAGCAAAUAGCAUUCAUGUGAACCCCAAAUACUUGGAAAGGCAGCGUCUUCAGCAACCAGUGAGGACAAAAGGGAUGGCUAGUGACUUUGAUGGGACUAUGACAAACUCGAUUGACGAUAUAGAGAGGUCGGACAGAGUAGCAAGCAUCAGUGCUGGACGAUCAUGGGCUGAUCCUCCUGUUAAAAUGCCUAAUAUUCAGCGUUCAACUAGAGAUGCACUAAGUGAGCGUUUUCAUGAGAAGAAUGUUGGUGGCGAAUAUGAUGAAUCUGAUUAUGAUUCUGAUCUUCCUAGGAGUUCAAGCUUGGCCAUUGGGCGAUCUGGUGGGAAUAUUAUCGAGCAAGGACAUGAUAAACCUUGGUAUGGAGGUGUCAGCAGUGCUGCCGAAACAAUUUCCGGCCAGAGAAAUGGUUUUAACAAGAAGCAUGGAUUAAAUUACUCAGCACCUAAAUCUGCAAAUGCUGAUCCUCGUCUACAGACACCACAAGCCAUUGCAAGUAGAAAUAGGGGUGGGUUGUCCAGUAGUUGGAAGAAUUCUGAGGAAGAGGAAUACAUGUGGGAUGAUAUGAACUCAAGAUUGACAGAUCAUGUAACCCCUGAUCUUUCUAGUAACUCAAGAAAAGAGCGCUGGAUUUCUGACGAUUCAGAGAAAAUGGGGUUUGGAGGUGGCUCUCGUAAACUGAAAAGAGUUAAUGAUCUGGACAUGGAUACUGAUAUUGUUGAACAGAAAGACAUAUCUGCUCUUGGGCACCGUAUGCCAUCACCUUGGUCUUUGCAAGAAUCGCAUGUUGUGGAUCGGCUGACCUCUUCCGGUACUCCUGUCAUGAAUUCAGCUCAUUCAGAGCGUUAUGUUUCAAGUUUAAGUGGGUUAUCAACAAGUGGAGAUUCUUCGGUGGCGAGGUUGGGAAAUAGAGCACAGAUGAUGUCUUCUCAUGUUGGGGCCUCAAGCUUUGGGUUGCCGACAAAUGCUGCAUCAGGGUCUAAUGGAGCUGUAGGGAAACAGCAACAGAUUCAGUCUGUGAGGGCUGCAUCACCAUCUGGACAGUUACUGAUGCACCAGCAUGCUCCCUUACCUGCAUCAAAAAUACAGAAUCCCCGUCAUUAUUUGGCUGAGCAAGACCCUGCUCAAGCUCCAUCCCUUCCUCCUGACUUGAAAGUAUCUCAAAUUUUGGGAAAGUCGGACUCAGGGUUACAUAGCCAGUAUACCGAGGACUCUUUACCUAUUCCAACUUCCAAUCUCCGAUUAGGUGGCAUGGCAAAGUCACAGCCCCAAGAAUUGAAGGCUUUGUCUUCGUCAAUGGCUGCCAUCCAAUCAAAGCACCACUAUCCCUUCCAACAACAAGACAUUACAGAGCCUGAAUCCUCGGAUCAGACUGAGAAGCCCCAUAAAAUGCCCUCAACAGUCAGAAAUUCUAUAUCAGAUCUUUCUAAUCUCCUUGCUGCAGAAACUUCAGGACAGUCAAGCACAAGUAGUUUGUUGGCCGCUGUUUUGAAGACCGGAAUUCUCUCUAACAAAUCAAUUACUGGUAGCCUUCCCAGUUCCAGUUUUGGUGACAUGGAAAAAAUGCCACCACAGUCAGUUAGUCAACCACCCUUGCCAAUUGGACGGCCACCUACCAAAGCUGCACUUCCAGGGUUGAAGGUUGCACCAGCACCUUCAUUGGGUCAUCCUUCCCGUGAUAACUCGCCAACCACCUCAAGCACUCUGCAGAAGGUUGGACAUCCACCUCUUCCACCUGGCCAACCACCUUUGUCACAAGAGGGUGGUUCAACGGCAAAAGAUUCAAAUGCCAAGGAUCCAAUAUCAAACCUUUUAAGCUCUUUAGUUGCCAAAGGGUUGAUAUCUGCAUCAAAGUCGGAGUCAACUACACCUCUGCCAUCUCAUAAGCCGACAGAAGUGCAAAUUCAGAAACUACCCACGACUACCGUUAGCUCUAUCUCUCCGGGUUCAGCAUCAUCAAUAGUUCCUGGUUCAUCUCGAAGGGAUAAUGCACCUCUCGCAGAACAGGUGGUCAAACCUUCUGCUGCAUUGGCUCAAUCUACUAAGACGGAAAAAAAGAACCCGAUAGGAUUUGAGUUUAAGCCAGAUAAAAUCCGAGAGUUACAUCCAUCUGUCAUCGAUGAGCUUUUUGACGACCUUCAACAUAAAUGUAUCCUAUGUGGACUCAGGCUCAAACUUAAAGAACGUCUUGAUAGGCACUUGGAAUGGCAUGCUUUGAAAACUCCUGAAGCAGAUGGUUCAAUUAAGGCAUCAAGGGGGUGGUAUGCAAAUUCAGCCAAUUGGGUUACUGGAAAGGCAGGAAGUUCUUCUGACCUUGACUCCAACAAUUCAAAUGACAUGACUGGCAUGACAGUGGCCAGUAAUGAGCCUACGGUUCCAGCUGAUGAAAGCCAGUGUGCAUGUAUUAUAUGUGGCAAUACUUUUGAAGACUUCUAUUGUCAAGAAAGUGAUGACUGGAUGUUCAAAGGAGCUGUGUAUAUGACUGUUCCAGCUGGGGAUGGUGAACUUGGAACUGCAGGGGGAAGCGUUCUGAAGGGUCCCAUUGUGCAUGCAACUUGUAUUGAUGAAAAUUCACUUGAGGAAUUGGGACUGGCUGCUACACGAGUUAAAUUGGAAAAGGAUGAUUAGUUCUUCAAGAACACGAGUUAUGAAUAUAUGAGAAUUCAGGUUACUUGUGUAUUUUUAGUUGAGUUGUCCUUCAGUGCUAAUUGUGUUGUGCCACAGAAUAGUGGUGGGAGUCUUUGUUUUAGCUCCAUUUUUUCUGUUUUGUUUCAUUUGUAGUUGAGAAGAAAAGAGAAAAUAGAUCUACAUUCCAGAUAGUUUGCAUCUCAGUGAUUCUCUUACAACUUUACAAGUAGAGUGGUUUGAUGUUUUGCUAUUUUAUUUGUUACUUUGCUGAAGCACUUUCCUUGAUAGCAUACUAUCUGACCAGCAAAACAAGGAAUACACUCCUGAUUCCGGAACCAUGUAAUUUCAGCUUCACAAUUGCCCUAUGUAUCGAUACAACAAUAAUGGAACUAAGUUUUGUUU